GCGCAGCCCAGCCCGGCCCCCGCUCGGCGCCGCGAGCCGAGGUGUCGCCCGCGCCCGCUCCCGUGUCGCCGCCGUGCCCGCGAGCGGGAGCCGGAGUCGCCGCCGCCCGAGCGCAGCAGAGCGCACGCCAAGCCCGUCCGUCGCCGCCAUGGCCACCACGGUGACUUGCACCCGCUUCACCGACGAGUACCAGCUCUACGAGGAUAUUGGCAAGGGGGCUUUCUCUGUGGUCCGACGCUGUGUCAAGCUCUGCACCGGCCAUGAGUAUGCAGCGAAGAUCAUCAACACCAAGAAGCUAUCCGCCAGAGAUCACCAGAAGCUGGAGAGAGAGGCUCGAAUCUGCCGUCUUCUGAAGCAUUCCAACAUCGUGCGUCUCCACGACAGCAUCUCUGAGGAAGGCUUCCACUACCUGGUCUUCGAUCUGGUCACUGGUGGGGAGCUCUUUGAGGACAUCGUGGCGAGAGAGUACUACAGUGAGGCAGACGCCAGUCACUGCAUCCAGCAGAUCCUGGAGGCGGUUCUCCAUUGCCACCAAAUGGGGGUCGUCCACAGGGACCUCAAGCCCGAGAACCUGCUCCUGGCCAGCAAGUGCAAAGGGGCCGCAGUGAAGCUGGCGGACUUCGGCCUGGCUAUCGAGGUGCAGGGGGACCAGCAGGCCUGGUUUGGGUUCGCUGGCACGCCAGGCUACCUGUCCCCAGAGGUGCUGCGCAAGGAGGCGUACGGCAAGCCGGUGGACAUCUGGGCGUGCGGGGUGAUCCUGUACAUCUUGCUGGUGGGCUACCCACCCUUCUGGGACGAGGACCAGCACAAGCUGUACCAGCAGAUCAAGGCCGGGGCCUACGACUUCCCAUCCCCGGAGUGGGACACGGUCACUCCUGAAGCCAAAAACCUCAUCAACCAGAUGUUGACCAUCAACCCUGCCAAGCGCAUCACGGCGCACGAGGCGCUGAAGCACCCGUGGGUCUGCCAACGCUCCACUGUGGCCUCCAUGAUGCACAGGCAGGAGACCGUGGAGUGCCUGAAAAAGUUCAAUGCCCGGCGGAAGCUCAAGGGCGCGAUCCUCACCACCAUGCUGGCCACGCGGAAUUUCUCAGUGGGCAGACAGACCACCGCUCCAGCCACAAUGUCCACCGCGGCCUCCGGCACCACCAUGGGGCUGGUGGAACAAGCCAAGAGUUUACUCAACAAGAAAGCAGACGGAGUCAAGCCCCAGACGAAUAGCACCAAAAACAGUGCAGCUGCCACCAGCCCCAAGGGGACGCUUCCUCCAGCUGCCCUGGAACCUCAAACCACCGUCAUUCAUAACCCAGUGGACGGGAUCAAGGAGUCGUCUGACAGCACCCACACCACCAUAGAGGACGAAGACACAAAAGUCCCCAGGGUCCCUGACAUCUUGAGCUCCGUGAGGAGGGGCUCGGGGACCCCAGAAGGCGAGGGCCCCCCGCCCUGCCCGCCUCCGGCUCCCAUAAGCCCCCUGCCCACCCCAUCCCCCAGAAUCUGUGACAUCCUGAGCUCCGUGAGGAGGGGCUCGGGGACCCCGGAAGCCGAGGGCCCCCCGCCCACCCCAUCCCUCAGGAUCUCUGACAUCCUGAACACGGUGAGGAGGGGUUCGGGGACCCCAGAAGCCCAGGGCCCCCCACCCUGCCCUCCUCCGGCUCUCCCAGGCUCCCCACCCACCCUGUCGCGGAAGCAGGAGAUCAUCAAGAUCACGGAGCAGCUCAUCGAGGCCGUCAACAACGGUGACUUUGAGGCCUAUGCGAAAAUCUGCGACCCAGGCCUGACCUCGUUUGAGCCUGAAGCCCUGGGCAACCUGGUUGAAGGGAUGGACUUCCACAGAUUCUACUUCGAGAACUUACUCGCCAAGAACAGCAAGCCGAUCCACACGACGAUCCUGAACCCGCACGUGCACGUCAUCGGCGAGGACGCCGCGUGCAUCGCCUACAUCCGCCUCACGCAGUACAUCGACGGGCAGGGCCGGCCCCGCACCAGCCAGUCCGAGGAGACCCGCGUGUGGCACCGCCGAGACGGCAAGUGGCAGAACGUGCACUUCCACUGCUCGGGGGCGCCCGUGGCCCCGCUGCAGUGAAGAGCUGCCGCGGCUGGUUUCACGGGACAGACUCGGUGUUUGGAGCCCAGCUGCCCUCGGGCGCACGGCCUGCCUGUCGCAUGUUUGUGUCUGCCUCGUUCCUCCCCUGGUGCCUGUGUCUGCAGAAAACCAAGACCAGAUGUGAUUUCUUUUUAAAAACAAGACGACAACCGCACACACAAAAUUGAUGUCGGAUGAAAUGGAAAAAAAACGAAACAAGGGAAAAAGCUGUAAAAAGCCCUGGCGUUUGUGGGGCUUCGAACCUUCUGGCCGCUCCCCGCCUAAGCUCCACGUGUCCGUCUGCUCCUGGCCUCCUCCGGGGACCGGCCGGGGCAGUGAACUUGUCCGCAGGGGCCUGCCACCCAAGGAACGGUGUUUGCUAGGUGGCGCCCACCCCCACGCGUCUGCAUCCUCCCUGCUGCGCAUGGCUCCUUGUCAGGAGUGUCAGGUGUCGUCUGGGGAGGGGCUGGGGGGGCUGAGCAUGGCUGUCCUCCCUCCUGCUUCCCUUCCCUCCUGUCCUCCCCGGGGAGGCGCAGGUGCGAGCUCCCGGUGUCCCUGGCAUGGGUGAGCAGUGCAGAGGCUGGGCCAGCCCCUCUGGGAGGAUGCGGAGCCCUCGGAGAAGGCCCGGCGGGCCCAGGGCUCCAGCUCUGGCCCCGUUGGGGCCAGGGAGGUGCACUGGGUCGGGCAGGGGGUGUAGGGGGGUCACCCCUUACUUUCAGACCUCAUGCCUGGCAAGAGACAUGCCGAGAGAAUGCUGCUGGCUGCGGCCCAGUGUGCAGGGGACCCCGGGGCUGGCCUCCCUUCUGUUCAGGCACCUCUCCCUCUUUGCCCCCUCCCCCCUCCCCCCGUGUGGGUGUGGGGCAGGAAGGAGAGAGGGGUCAGAGGCGGGUGGGUGCCUUUGGCUCCCAGGCCGAGGCAGAGUCCAGGCAGGUGUUUGCUGAAGGAAGCUGCGCUUUCGGAGUCUGGGCCCAGGGCAGCAGGGAGCGGAGGGCCGCACGGGGCUGCGUGUGACAGGGACCCCCGGGGUUGGGAGAAGGCGGGCUGGGCUCACCUGGGGUCCCCCUGCGUGCUGGCAGGCACUGUGGCGAGCCUCCGGGAUGGGCCACGUGGCCAGGGGGCGGCAGAGAGAGUCAAGGGCCGUCGUCUGGGUGUGCGAGCGGGUCUGAGCUGGCCCGCUGGGCUGUGGUUGGGGGGGUGCAGGGGCCGUGAUCGCAGAGGUGCAGGACCCCCUGCCCCAGUACCUGCCCUCUUCCACUCAUGUUGUUUUCAACACGGAUUUUCUUUAUCUUCCCCCCCAAUCAAGCCAAGGGAGGGGCCUGGAGUGGGGAACAGGACACAGGAUGCUGGUCUCCAAGGGGACUGUCCAUCGACAGACACUCAGAGUGGACGCUCGCCUGCCCGUCCGCGGCUGUGCUCAGGACAGCUGUCCCCACCCACGGACGCGGGGUAAACACCUGCCAGGCUCCCUGGGCCUCGGGCAACGGCAGGGCCCGCCGUGGACAGCGUGUGGCCCGGCCAACCUCGCCUCCUUGGGCCUCCUCCCCUCCUCUACCCCUUCUCUCCACGGAGCUGCCUGUCUGGGAUAAUUUGGGGUUUUUUUUCUGGGGGAUAGUUCUUUUGCAUGACCCCUCAUGAGCAAGCCACACCCGCUCUUCUAGCUAGAUGUCCGCGGUGUGGCAGCGUCGGCCAGCCCGCCCUGCAGAGGGUCGGCUGCCUGCGGUGCUGGCCGGCCUUUCCUCUUCUCUCUUUUUGCUGAGUUUCAUUGUCUUUUCUUUCUGAGCCUUGUAAGUGUACAAAAUUAUUAUUUUGUUCUGUCUCGGGAAACUGCAAAUAAAAGGAAAACAGGACAAACUGC